GACACACAAAUGACCCUCACCCGUACAUAAUAAAAUUUGUUUUCUCAAUCUUCUCUUACAGUUCUAUUCAAUCAAUCUCUCAAAAAAAAAAAUUGGUUUUUUCUGUAUCUUUCGAUAACCCUAAUUUUUGGCAUACCUUUUCUUUUUCCAAGUAUUGAUUUUUAUUUCUGGUUUUUUUUUUCUAAAUCAAGCCCCCAAAAAUGUAUUUUCUGAAUAUUUCAUCAAGAAUCGGAGCUUGACCCAUCACGUUUUUUGAGAAGAUUUGAAGGGGGUAUCGAGGGAAUUAAUUGGAAUGUGAAUUGCAUGGGGUGAAGAUGCCAGAUUUGCGAAGUGGAGCCCGGAGAUCGAAACGCAUUGAUGAUCUUCAGCCUCCUCCUCCUCCUCAUCCUCCUCAUCCUCAACCAGUUGAACAACCGGAGAAUUGUGUACUGCUUGCUCAAAACCGAACCAGGAGGAGAGUUGGUGGAAGAGGGAGGGGUAAUGCUGCAGGUGUAGCCAAAGGGCCCUUAGCGGUGGUACCUACGAGGCCAACAGCUGCUGGUAGAGGCCGGGGCAUUAGGUUGAUAGAUUUAGACCCCGAACCUUGUCAGGUUCUUCCAGGGGCUUUACCUUUGGUUGCAGCUGAACCGGCGGCUUUUAACCGAGUAGAGGUGGUGGCAGAUAAAGAUAUUGCAAUGGAGGGUAGGAGUGGUGACAAAAUAGUUGGAGUUGAUGAAGAAGCUAGUACAGCCCCAGUUCCUGAAAGGGUACAAGUGGGUAAUUCUCCUGUAUAUAAGGUAGAAAGGAAACUGGGAAAGGGUGGUUUUGGCCAGGUUUAUGUUGGCCGAAGGGUAAGUGGUGGUAGUGGUAGAACUGGACCAGAUGCAAUUGAGGUAGCCUUGAAACUUGAGCACCGAAACAGUAAAGGUUGCAACUAUGGUCCACCUUAUGAGUGGCAAGUGUACAAUACCCUAAACGGGUGCUAUGGAGUUCCUUGGGUGCAUCACAAGGGUAUCCAAGGAGACUUCUACGUUCUGGUGAUGGAUAUGCUCGGUCCUAGUCUUUGGGAUGUUUGGAAUUCUUUAGGACAAUCGAUGUCUCCUAAUAUGGUUGCCUGCGUGGCAGUGGAGGCAAUAUCAAUUCUUGAAAAGCUUCAUUUAAAAGGGUUCGUGCAUGGGGAUGUGAAGCCUGAGAAUUUUUUACUAGGCCGACCUGGAUCAGCUGAUGAGAAGAAGCUAUAUCUUAUUGAUCUUGGUUUAGCUUCUAGAUGGAAAGAUGCACGCUCAGGUCAACAUGUUGAUUAUGAUCAGAGGCCUGAUGUAUUCAGGGGAACAGUUAGAUAUGCUAGUGUACAUGCACAUUUAGGUCGGACUGGAAGUCGUAGGGAUGACCUCGAGUCUUUGGCAUACACAUUGUUAUUUCUUCUAAAAGGGCGGUUACCAUGGCAGGGUUAUCAGGGGGAUAACAAGAGUUUUCUGGUUUGCAAGAAAAAGAUGGCCACUUCACCCGAGUUGAUGUGUUGCUUUUGUCCUGCACCAUUUAAGCAGUUCCUCGAAGCUGUUUCAAAUAUGAAGUUCAACGAGGAGCCCAAUUAUGCCAAGCUCAUAUCCUUCUUUGAAAGCCUAAUUGAACCAUGCACACCAUUGCAACCAAUUAGAAUUGACGGAGCUCUUAAGAUUGGGCAAAAGAGGGGAAGAAUACUCAUUAACUUGGAAGAAGAUGAGCAACCUAAGAAAAAAGUACGAAUAGGUAAUGCUGCUACUCAGUGGAUUUCGAUUUACAAUGCUCAUCGCCCUAUGAAGCAAAGAUAUCACUACAAUGUAGCGGAUUUGAGAUUGAGCCAACAUGUGAGUAAGGGUAAUGAAGAUGGUUUGUUUAUUAGUUGCGUGGCUUCGGCAGCUAAUCUCUGGGCCCUGAUCAUGGAUGCGGGAACUGGUUUCUCUUCCCAGGUUUAUGAAUUGUCAACCGUAUUUCUACACAAGGAUUGGAUUAUGGAGCAGUGGGAAAAGAACUACUAUAUUACUUCAGUAGCUGGGGCAAAUAACGAGAGUUCCUUGGUUGUUAUGUCGAAAGGGACUCCUUACACCCAGCAAUCCUACAAGGUGAGCGAAUCUUUUCCGUUCAAGUGGAUAAAUAAGAAGUGGAAAGAAGGCUUUUAUGUAACAUCGAUGACAACUGCUGGGACUCGCUGGGGUGUGGUAAUGUCAAGGAACGCUGGAUUCUCUGAUCAGGUUGUGGAGCUCGACUUCUUAUAUCCAAGUGAAGGAAUACACCGGCGAUGGGAGAGCGGUUACAGAAUAACAUCAAUGGCUGCAACUGUGGAUCAAGCUGCCUUCAUACUUAGCAUUCCAAAACGAAAAACAACAGAUGAUACUCAGGAAACGCUCCGUACAACUGCCUUUCCCAGCACCCAUGUAAAGGAAAAAUGGGCAAAAAACCUAUACAUUGCAUCAAUUUGUUAUGGUCGGACAGUUCGCUAAUCCCGGUCUGUACAUUCUGACUUAAACCAAAAAAAGAAAAAAGAAAAUGAGUUCAUGGUUUGAAAGCCACCGAGUAUCUUUCGUCUCGAGUUCGGUCAAUUCUUCUAUAUAAUCUUCUCAUAUGUGAAUGUAAAAAGGGGAAAACUUGAAAAAAGAAAUGCAUAAGUGAGAAAUUGAAGAAAUGAGUUAAAAUUCCUUGAGCAGUUUUUCUGUUAUAAGCAUAAAUUUGAUGGUAAGCUGUCUUUUAUUUUAUUGAGAGAUAUCAUUAAUGGCUGCAAGUAAAUGUGCAGUGAAAAUCUUUCACCUGAGGAAAUAUGCCAAUACUUUCAUAUACUUGAUAAUCUGUAUAUUUAUAACAACUCAAAAGUUUAUAAGAA